CUGGUUCCAAACGAAGUAAGUAAUGAAGUUGCUAUGCUGGGAGUCGUUUGGUUGGCCCAUGCGCAACAUCCUGCCUGAUUCUUUGUCCUGGACAGAUGAUAUGACCACCUUAGGAAUGCUUAACGAAAGUCGGGAAAUGGUAGAUGGGUCCACUGGGUGCUGCUCCAUAGACUGGCUUAUGCAACUCCAACAACCCUCGUGUCCUCUGGUGAGGCUCUUAAUACUCGGAUUGUUAGCGUUGCCAGUUUAUAAUGCGAUCUUGAUUGUGGUGGGAUGGCGUCUACACUGCAGUGCUUCUGGCAGUGCCGAGCGUUUGGUGCUGGACAUCCAAAGGACCAGACCUGUCAAGCGUCACGCUCCUUCACCUCCUCCAGCUCCGAAACCACCACCGCGUCUUCGUCGACAUAAGACCCCCAAGAGUGCAUCCUCAAGUCUGAUAUUAUGGUGUCCAAAGCCCCAUCUCAGCCAAAAGAAUCCCUUCGAUGAGGAGGACCAGUACAAAAACCUCAGGGAGAAUUUGAAAAUGGUGCUUGGUGGCUUGCAGAGGACUCCUCUGCUACUUCCGGCUCCACAGCCCAACUUUAUCCCUCCUCUAGUUGAACCCCUAACCCCGUCGGAAUCACUGACUCCAACGGAAUCCCCCCGGAGAUGGAACCAAAAGCCUCGCUCUAAAGUUUUAUCAGGGAUCCUUAGGCAUAUAGGCAUGAGCUCCAUUCGGAAGAUAUGGAAAACACAUACCAGCCGGAAGAAAAGUACGACUUCUGCAAAUAGCUCUUCCUUAUCUAAUUCCUCGAGCUUGGGUACCAGCUCCUUCUAUGUCUACUAA